AGAGAGAAGCAGCAGCAGCAGCAGGUGAAUGCCCAGGUGAAGAAGGCUCAGAGGGAAGGAAAACAUCUGCUGAAGAAAUGUGGACCAGCCCUAUGAGUCAAGCUAAAAUCAGCCGCUGGGUUUCGCUUUGGUUUGCCCUGGCAGCCUUAUGGCCUACUACUGGUGCUCAGGAGAAUAUUAACUGGGAAAUUCAGCGUUAUGAUGGCUGGUAUAACAAUCUUGUGCAUCACAGGCACAACUCUGCAGGAUCGCUUUUCUCGCGGUUGCUCCCUGCCAACUAUGCCGACGGGGUGUACCAGGCCCAACAAGAACCGGCGGUGCCCACGGCCCGUGAGCUCAGUAAUGCGGUGGCCCAAGGAGACUCCGAAUCCCCUUCUCAGGGAAACAGAACCGUGCUGAGCGUCUUCUUUGGAUUUCACGUUCUCUCUGAGAUCUCCGAGGCCAUCAAGCCCGGCUGCCCGGCUGAAUUCCUCAAUUUGCCCGUCCCCAAAGGAGACCCCGUAUUUGACCCCACCGGCUCAGGAGACGUGGUUUUGCCCUUCCAGCGCAUGCAGUGGGCUCCAGGAACGGGACGAAGCCCCAACAAUCCCCGCGAGCAGAUCAAUGGCGUCACAGGUUGGCUGGACGGCAGUGCCAUCUAUGGCCCGUCCCAUUCCUGGAGCGAUUCUUUGAGAAGCUUCUCGAAAGGAAAACUGGCUGUUGGAUCCGACCCGCUCUUCCCAAAGCAGACCAAGGCAAAUAGCUUGAUGUGGAAGGCUUUGGAUCCGUCCACUGGUCAGGGCGGGAUUGAACGGAUCUUCGACUUUGGAAAUGCGAAAGGAAACGAAAACCCAUUCCUGCAAGUCAUCGGCAUCGUUUGGUUCCGCUACCACAACCACUGGGCAGAAAUAUUGGCCGAAAAAAACCCCAAAUGGUCCGACGAAGAUGUCUUCCAACAUGCCCGUAAAAGGGUCAUUGCUACUUACCAGAACAUUGUGCUGUACGAAUGGCUGCCGGCAUUUCUGGGGAAGGAAAACAUUUCACCUUACGCAGAUUACAACCAGCAUGUAGAUGCCAGGAUCUCGCCUGAAUUUCUGGUGGCUUCAGCUCUCUCUUUGGGCACCAUGGUCCCAUCUGGGGUCUACAUGCGGGACACCAACUGCACUCUCCGAAAUGUGCUUAAUCCAGAGGGAAACUAUUCUGCAGCGCUCCGUCUUUGCAACAAUUACUGGAGCCGAGGGAAUUCCAACCUCCAACUAUCUAAGGAUGUGGACGAUUUGCUGCUGGGGAUGAGCUCUCAGAUCGCUGAACAAGAGGACAACAUUGUGGUUGAAGAUCUCCGAGAUUACUGGUAUGGGACGGUGAAGUACUCCCGCAUGGACUUUGUGGCCAGCUGGAUUCAGCGAGGACGAGACCUUGGCGUAUCCACCUAUAAUAAAUACAGAGAGUUCUUCAAACUUUCCCCUGUUGAGGAGAUCCCUCGGGAGAAUGAUACGGUACUGCACAUCCCCCCAACUCUCUUUGGCACGGUAGCAGCCAUGUAUAAGGACAACCUGGACCGUUUGGAGCUAUCCAUCGGAGGACUAUUGGAAACGAACGGGAACCUUUUCCAUGCCAUCCUUGAGGACCAGUUUCUCCGCUUGCGGGACGGUGACCGUUUCUGGUUCGAGAACAUCAAGAACGGGUUGUUCUCUAAAGAAGAGGUGGAAGAAAUCAAAGCGACUACGUUCGCCAGCGUGGUUGCGGAUGUAACCUACGCUCUUCCGAGCCAUCUCCAAGCAAAUGUGUUUCGAAAGGGGGACGAUGCCCCGUGUCACCUUCCCUGGCCAGUGAAUCGAGAGCAACUGCCCGUCUGUGUCCAGCUCACCAUCCUGGACUAUUUCGAAGGGAGCGGCGCCGGAUUUGGGAUUCUCAUCGUUGCCUUAUGCUGCUUUCCUCUAGUAAGUUUGUUUGUCGCCUGGGUUGUUGCCGCCUUCCGGAGGAGAAAUUUCAAGAAACUGCAGAAGAAGCAAAACCCUUCGGACCGAAGAGAGGUCAACGCGGAAGGAGUCCAAGCCUUUGAAUGGCAGGACUCCAAGACCGCGAGUUGCCCUGUCUAUCUGCAAUUGCAUGAAGGCGGACUGAUCAAGGUUUUCGACAGCAACUUGUCGGUGCUUCGGACCAUCACUCUGAAGAGCCAACAGCCGCUCGAGACCAUCUUGUCUAACAACAAAGGCAACAAGACUUUGCUUCUGAAAAUCCCUAAAGAAUAUGAUCUGGUGUUGAUGUUCAAUAGCGAGGCAGAGUGCAAGGACUUCCUUGGGCAGCUCAAAACCUAUCUGGAAAGAAGUGGGCUUUCUCUCCACAUUUCGGAGAUGAAACAGCAACAGCUGCUCCAGAAAGCAGUGACCAAGAAGCAGAGGAAGGACAUCCUGGAGAUUUUCUUCCGCCAGUCCUUUGCCCAGGUUCUUGACAUUGACAGAUUAGAUGCCGGGGAGCUGAGCCUGGAGGCUUCGCAGAAGGCCAAGGAAGCGCUGAAGUUGGAGCUGAGCCGGGCAGAGUUUGCGGACGCUUUGGGCCUCAAGCCCCAGUCCGUGUUUGUGGACUCCAUGUUCUCUCUUGCGGACAAAGACGGCAACGGAUAUCUCUCCUUCCGGGAAUUCCUGGACAUCUUAGUGGUCUUUAUGAAAGGAUCGCCGCAGGAGAAGUCCAAGUUGAUGUUCCAAAUGUAUGACAUCGAUGGGAACGGCUUCCUUUCCAAAGAUGAAUUCUUUAGGAUGCUGAGAUCCUUCAUUGAGAUCUCUAACAACUGCCUCUCGCGGGAUCAGACCGAGGAAGCCAUCGAGUCCUUGUUCCGGGAGUCCGGGUUUCAAGAUAAGGAGGAACUCACCUGGGAAGACUUCCACUACAUGUUGCGAGACCAUGACAAUGAACUUCGCUACACGCAGCUCUGUCUGAAAGGCGUUCCAGACCGACUGAGACAAAACGCAAUCAAUCGCAUCUCAUUCUUGCACAGAAGUAGAGAAAAUGGGGUCAUCCUAAACCAUGAAACGCCCCCGAUUCCGGAAGGCGAGGCUCUGUCUGGAGAAAACCAGGGUCAAGACCUGCGGAAGAGACCGGUCAAAAAGCCCUCUUUCCCGAAGCCCUUUGUGUACACCGAAGCCCGGCGGGAGCGUUUCCAGAGAAGCAAGGUCCACCUGAAGAUCCAGCAGUUCAAGCGCUUCAUUGAGAAUUACCGGCGGCACAUCAUCUGCGUGGUGAUCUUCUCCGCCAUCACCGUGGGCGUCUUUGUGGAGAGGGCAUACUAUUACGGCUUUGCGUCUCCACCUACGGGGAUUGCGGACACAACCUUCGUUGGCAUCCUCAUCUCGCGCGGGGCGGGCGCCAGCAUCUCCUUCAUGUACUCCUUCAUCCUGCUCACCAUGUGCCGCAACCUCAUCACUUUUCUGCGGGAAACCUUUUUCAACCGCUACAUCCCCUUCGAUUCUGCUGUGGAUUUCCACCGUUGGAUUGCAACCGGAGCUCUCAUCUUCUCAGUUCUGCACACUUUGGGCCACAUUGUGAACGUCUACAUCUUCUCCGUCACCCCUCUCAGUAUCUUGUCCUGCCUCUUCACCAAUGUCUUUGUAAAUGAUGGGUCACAAUUUCCUCCCAAAUAUUAUUGGUGGUUUUUUGAAACCGUCCCAGGCAUGACUGGGGUGCUGCUGUUGGUCAUCCUCGCCGUCAUGUAUGUCUUUGCGACUCACCACUUCAGGCGAAUUAGCUUCCAGGGCUUCUGGAUCACCCACCAUCUUUACGUCCUUCUCUAUAUCCUGGUCAUCAUGCAUGGCAGCUAUGCUCUGAUUCAGCAGCCCCGCUUCCAUAUUUACUUCAUUGUCCCAGCCCUUCUCUACGGAGGAGACAAGCUCCUCAGCUUGAGCCGGAAGAAAGUGGAAAUCGGUGUGGUGAAGGCUGAACUCCUCCCAUCAGGUGUGACGAACCUUCAGUUCCAAAGGCCCCAGGACUUUGAAUACAGGUCUGGGCAGUGGGUUCGGAUUGCGUGCCUGUCCCUGGGGACCAACGAGUACCACCCCUUCACCCUGACCUCUGCCCCCCACGAGGACACCCUGAGCCUCCACAUUCGGGCGGCUGGGCCCUGGACAACCCGCCUGCGAGAACUCUACUCCCCUGAAAGCAUUGCGGAAAUCGGCAAAUAUCCCAAGCUCUACCUAGACGGGCCUUUUGGAGAAGGACACCAGGAAUGGAACAAAUUUGAGGUCUCGGUGCUUGUGGGAGGAGGCAUUGGGGUGACACCCUUCGCAGCCAUCCUCAAGGAUCUUGUCUUCAAGGCUUCGGUUGGCUCCAGGAUCCUGUGCAAGAAGAUCUAUUUCAUUUGGGUGACCCGGACACAGCGGCAGUUUGAGUGGAUGGCUGACAUCAUCCGCGAGGUGGAAGAGAACGAUAAAGGCGAUCUGGUCUCUGUGCAUAUUUACAUCACACAGUUGGCUGAGAAAUUUGACCUGCGGACCACGAUGCUGUACAUUUGCGAGCGGCACUUCCAGAGGGUCCUCAACCGGAGCUUGUUCACAGGCCUUCGCUCCAUCACCCACUUUGGGCGGCCACCGUUUUUCCCGUUCUUCUGCUCCUUGCAAGAGGUCCAUCCUGAGGUGAAGAAGAUAGGCGUCUUCAGUUGUGGUCCGCCAGGCAUGACCAAGAACGUGGAGAAGGCUUGCCAGAAGAUCAAUAAGCGCGAUCAGACCUAUUUUAUUCAUCAUUAUGAGAACUUUUAACUCUUUUCCCAAGCUCCGAUGAAUUCCCAAGAGGCUGGUUCAAAGGGGGCUGUUUGCUAUAUAUAUUCUUCAUCUCACAAGACUGGAGGAACUGGUAUUGGGCCAGGCUGGAAUGGACUGCAAACUCUGCAUUCACAUUUGUAGAUCCUAGAAAAGCUCGCUAAAUUAGUCAGAAUUAGUCCUUUCUCCCACCCUGGAAACCCCACUUGCCUAGUUUCUAACAGACCUCACAACCUCUGAGGAUGCCUGCCAUAGAUGUGGGCGAAACGUCAGGAGAGAAUGCUUCCGGAACAUGGCCAUGCAGCCCGGAACAUUCACAGCAACCCACCAAUAAAUUAUAUUCAGAGUUUGUUCUUGGAAGACGAUGAAUAGAUGGCUUUUUGAUGAAAGCAGGGAUCAAAACAUGUUCUUACUGGACUCAACUGGUUUCUGAGACUGGACUUGGCAGCAUUUAAUCUGUAUAUCUACUUUGAAUUGGAUAAUAUGAGUCUACACAGCCAAAUAAUAAAUAAUAAUACACUUUAUUUGUAUCCCGCCCAUUUCUCUGAUAGGAGCCUCCAGUGGCCUAGGGGAUAAAAGCCUCGUGACUUGAAGGUUGGGUUGCUGACCUGAAGGCUGCCAGGUUUGAAUCCCACCCGGGGAGAGUGCGGAUGAGCUCCCUCUAUCAGCUCCAGCUCCAUGCGGGGACAUGAGAGAAGCCUCCCACAAAACAUCAAAAACAUCCGGGCGUCCCCUGGGCAACGUCCUUGCAGACAGCCAAUUCUCUCACUCCAGAAGCAACUCCAGUUGCUCCUGACACGAAAAAAAAUCUGUAUACCUCUGCUUCAAAGACUUCUUAACUUUGUAUUUUUUGUUCAUCUCUUAACCCAGUUUGUACUUUGUUUCAGCUGUAUUUUUGGAUAGUAUUGUAUUAAAGAUAAUCAUUGAAACUAAAGAUUUGUGUGUAUUUGUACCACUUUGUCAAGAUCUGCGGGACCAAUUAAACAACACUGAAACCAUAAUCUCAAUGGUUUAAAACAGUUUGCAAAAUGGUAUGUUUGUUAUAGCUAUAACGCAGCAUAUUUUGGAUCAAACCCAACACAUAUCCAUUUCUAGAACUUCCACCCAUCUCACAAACUGCUUAUUGGGGGUGUGCAAAGCUUCGGACCUCCGUUUCGUAAUUUGGAGAUUCAUACGAUUUUUGAUCAUUCUGUUUCUUUCUGUCUCUUCGUAUCUCCGUCUCUAACCUUCCUCUGUUGACGUUAUAGUUAGUGGCAGCAGCAAUCCCUACUUUACUAUCUCCUCGGGUGAAUGAUUUCACCACGAACCAUGGCCACAAUAACUGGGAGGUAAUUUAAUCGCGCUAUCUUCUGAAUCACUCUGAGUCUUGGAAAUAAUGAAUGGUUCUUUCAGUUGGGUGUAUCAUAGAUCCGAUGGCUCGAUUUAUUAUUCCAAGGAACCAAAGAAGAAACAGGUUUUAUAAAGUAGUAUGCUUCACGACGCACGUUCUCCUUGGUGAACAUUAAGAUGAUGUGCUCCAUGGCUCAUGAAACCUAGAAGGCAUUUUUAUUAAAUAUGUUCUAGAAAGUGAAAAAGGAAAACAAUACAACCUUGUUGGUCAGGAAUUUUGGAUACGACAUCUGUUUAAUGGUUGACUUAUAAAUCUUACGGUAAAGGAAAGGAUACUUGUUCGGGCCUUGGUGGUGGGGUUAUGUGUUUGUAAAAUGUUCAUUGUUUUGUGUUUUGUUUCACUGUAAGUUGUUAAUGUAUUUAAAUAAAAAUUAAUUAUUAAAAAACGAAACCUAGAAUGCAUCUUGUAAUGAAGUACGAAUUUUGGUUUACAGAUGUUAUGUUUAAUUGUGUGUUUAUGUUUUAAAAAGGUAAGUAUUACAGUUAUUGCAUCUCAGCACUCAGAGGCUGGCUGCCAUGGAGAAGUAGGCGGAGCCAACUGCCGUUUAGUUGAAGAAAGUGCAGAGUUUAAAAAAGAAAGUCAGUCUGUGCUCUGAUGAGGCACAGGGAAGAUUGAUUCUAGGUUGAUGGGAUCAAGGAGACUCAAUUGUUCAUUUUGAGUCGGUUUUAAAUAAGUUUGGUGACUUAUUUAAUGUAGUCUGUGUCCUGGUAAGGCACAGAGAAUCUGUGAUAGUAUAUCACAGGGGUGACUGUGGUUUGAAGUCACUGGAUAGUCCAAGUUUCAGACUUUGGGAACCAAUCCCAGCUGGACUCACAGAGAUCCAUUGAAGUAACAGAAAGGAGCAGAGGAAUAGGUUUUAACUACUUUAAGUAAAAG